AUAGGCGCCGCCUCCUCGGCUAUGCAACUGAAACUGAAUCUUGGUCGAUGAAGAAAGUGUCCACAACAGAUUUCCCGAUAUGUAAUAGAUGCGUAAGCCUCUGAUUGGUGAGAUGGCAAGUUGGAGGAGGCGGAGAUUCGUCUCGGCGAUGUACUGAGGCCUGAAAAGAGCAACCGAGACAAGACUUGGCGUAAAGGAUGCGGCCUGGAGGAAACGAGAUUCAAGUUGCGGAGGUUGCCGCGUGCUAAGCCAGUCUUCGGAGUAUUUGAAUGAUUCCUCUCCCGUGUUUUCCUUCUCGUGCUGUCUCUUGUAACCACGUCACAGUUCAUCUCAGCACUGCAACGGCCGAAAAACUGCAAGAUGUUGGAACAAGUGUUGGAUGUUGCUCUCUACCUCCCCGUCUACACCACCGGGGCCUUCUUGGCUUUGGUUCUCCUCAAUGUCCUCCAACAACGGCUUUUUCGGAGGGCCAGUGAUCCUCCCAUGGUUCUCCAUUGGCUUCCAUUCAUUGGCAACGCUGUUUCUUAUGGCUUAGAUCCCUACUCCUUUUUCUUGCAAUGUCGAAAAAAGCAUGGCGACGUUUUUACCUUUGUUCUCUUCGGGCGAAAGAUUACCUGCUACUUGGGCACCCACGGAAACGAUUUCAUUCUCAACGGCCGACAUCAAGACGUGAGCGCCGAGGAAAUCUACGGCCCUCUUACAACUCCCGUCUUCGGUAGUGACGUUGUAUACGACUGCCCAAAUGCGAAGUUGAUGGAACAAAAGAAAUUUAUCAAGUUUGGGUUGUCCCAAAAGGCUCUCGAGUCCUACGUCCAAAAGAUUGAAGGAGAGGUCAUCGACUACCUCGGCUCGGCUUCCGCAUUCAGCGGCCCCUCGGGAGCUAUCGAUAUUUGCAACGCCAUGGCCGAGAUAACGAUCCUCACCGCCGCUCGAGCACUACAAGGAGACGAAGUCCGCGGCAAACUGACCGCUGAGUUUGCCGACCUAUACCAUGAUCUGGACCAAGGGUUCAAACCAGUCAACUUCCUCUUUCCUUGGGCGCCCUUGCCACACAACCGCCGUCGAGACGCAGCACAUGCCAAAAUGAGGGCAGUCUAUAUGGACAUCAUAAAUGAACGGCGCAAGAGCGGUGUUGAUGUGAAUGAAGGCUCGGAUAUGAUAUGGAACCUGAUGCGAUGCACCUACAAGAAUGGACAGCCGGUACCUGAUAAAGAGGUGGCGCAUAUGAUGAUUACGCUUCUUAUGGCAGGUCAACACACAUCUUCGUCUGCCAGUUCUUGGAUUAUGCUUCACCUUGCCUCCCGUCCUGACAUUACCGAAGAGCUAUAUCGGGAGCAGCUAGACAACUUGAGCGUCGACGGAGUCCUCCAACCGCUCCAGUACAGCGACCUCGACAAACUCCCUCUGCUCAACAAUGUGGUCAAGGAAACCCUACGAGUCCACUCAUCCACCCACACCCUUAUGCGCAAGGUCAAGAAUCCUCUCCAGGUCCCCGGAACCCCAUACACGAUCACUCCCGAUCAGGUUCUUUUGGCUUCGCCGAUUGUAACCGCGCUCAGUGACGAGUACUUUCCCAAUGCCUUGACUUGGGAUCCUCACCGUUGGGAUGGAAAGGCCGUGGAAGAGCCCGUUGGUGAUGAUCUGGUCGAUUACGGUUACGGCGUU